AUUAAAAAAAGAAAAAUAAAGGGUGGGGGAAGGAUGAUAUUUUAAGGAUUCCCAUUUUCCAGCACCACAUCUGAGAUUCAAGAAAUACUCGCAGAGCGGUCGGCAGUGCCAAAAAGCAGCUCGUGUUUGCGUUUCCCGGCGCGGAGCUGAGCCCGGGCCCGCCCGCCGCGGCUCUGAGGGAGGGGCAGGGCCGCUCCUCUCUAAGAUGGCGGCGCGGGCCCCACGUGGUGCGCGCUGAGGCGGACGCGGGGCGGGCGCUGGCGACAUGGCGGCGGCGGCGGCGGCGGCGGGCGGCGAGGGCGGGAGGAGCGACGGUGCGGAGGAGGACGAGGUGGAGGAGCAACUGGUCAUGGUCGAGCUAUCAGGAAUUAUUGAUUCAGACUUCUUAGAAAAAUGUGAAAACAAGUGCAAGAUUUUGGGAAUAGAGACAGAGAGGCCCAUUUUACAAGUGGACAGAUAUGUAUUUGCAGGAGAAUAUGAAGAUACCUUGGGAACCUGUGUGGUUUUUGAAGAAAACACAGAGCAAGUAGAUGCAGAAGGCAACCAAAAAGUACAGCUGAAAUACAAGUGCCACACAGUGAAGAAGUUGAACAUGACACGGACCCUUCUGACAGAAAAGAAGGAAGGAGAAGAGAAUGUUGGUGGAGUAGAGUGGUUGCAGAUCAAGGACAGAGAUUUUUCCUACAGCAGGCCUAAUAUGAUUUGCAGUUUUCUGCCUGAAAAGGAUGAUUCUGAGGAGUCAGCUCAGGCCCAAGAUAAAUUGACUGAAGAGUCAGAGGGAGAGGUGAGCGGCAAAGGAAAUUCUAACAUGAACUGUGACCUGGAAAAGCAGCACACCUUGGAAAUAGAUGCCCCUAAUCCUCUGCCUGACAGCUCUGCGUCUGGGGCAAAGGAAACUCCUUCUGGGGAUGCUGCCUUAGCGGAGGAUGUACCUCCAUGAUAUUAACUCUGAUGUUUUCAGGAUUUCUACAUGGAAUUAAUGGGCCAACUUUUAUAAGCUGUGACAUGGUUUCCACCUUAUCUGAGAAAUGAAUAGUGGAAAAACAGACAUGAUGUUCUUGUGCAUUGCUUUUGUGUUUGAAUUAUAGUGAGAAGGGCUUAAGUGUUUUUUAAAAUUACUGACUGGAAAUGAAUGUAUCCCUACCUCAAAACUGAACAAAUGGAAAUGGUUACAUAAUUAAAAGAAAGUCCUACCUUAAAAAAAUGUUGCUGUAUUGUACAGUCUGAAUCAUUUUGUAAAAAUAAAGAAAUUUCAUUGUUUAAAAUAAAGUCCUGAA